AUGGCGUUGAGCUCAGCAUCUGUCGACCGUUUCCCAAGUGAGCCAGGUCAACCGCAGAUAGAUACUCUCUCAACAAGCGUCAACCCAGGAACCGAGGCGAAGGUACUAGCGAGUGCGGAUACCCAAUAUGCGACAACCGAUCUACGACGCGCCCACACGGUUGCCCACGGGAGAAACACCAAGGAAUCCCCAACCAUUGGCUCGAGAACAACCAGGGAACGGCUGGCUACUUCCCUUCUGCGGGUCAAGGACAGCCACGAGAUAUCGCGGAAGCGGUCCUUCAAGCGGCUGGAUACCUCUCAAGCGCCUCGUGACGCCGCUGUGGGAGCUAGAGAACCGAACCACUUUACCGUGGGGAAUGUCGGCCAGAAUGGAAAGAUCUUUCUAAGACCAAUUCGCAAUCCGCCGACUAAAGAACCCUUCCCGACGCCUUCUAUUCCUUCCCCCAGCCAAUCCAGACAAGAACCCUUUCCACACGGACGCGGCGGCCCCGAGAGCGAUGAGCCGUCUAGAUGGUCGAACUCGCAGCUCUCUGAGUUGCGCCCAGAUUUGAUCCCUGAAGAGAGCUGCGAAGAUGGCGACUCCGUCCACACAGAAUCGGCGCGUUCCCAAUAUCACGGCCUACCUCACCAUCGACCCCGUAAAGCGCACUCAUUUUCUACUAUCUCGGAACAGCGGUCAGAGUCGCGUGCGGGUCGCGCAGGGGAGCUUCGUAUCUACAUUGAUCGAGCAGAUAAUCGGCCAAAGACUGCCAAUGAACCAUCCCAGCGUGCCCUGGAGGAUUCCAUCCCCCGUUAUAGGUUGGACUUGCCUCAAGCCAGCCUUGACAAUGAGACGGCCCUGCACAGCUCCAUUUAUUCAAGAACAUCAAUGUCGGAUAUUAUGCGCACGUCACGACUCCCGCGAGAAUACUGGAUUGGUACUCUAGCCUCCGACACCUAUCUACGGAACCCCGAACGACCCUCCUUCGUCGGCUCGGUCUUUUCGGGCGCAGGUGCCAUUGAGUUGCCCCGGAGUUCCGCAGUCAGUGAGAACCCUGUUUUCUAUGAGUUGAAGGAGCCGAUUGAACCGGCCAUAUUUGAGACGCUGGUGUCGGAAAUGGACAAAGAGUCGGUGGUUCGCUAUGCUUCAGGCACCAAAGACAUUAGCGCUGCUACGCCGGCACGUAUCGUCGCCCAAAUAUCGUCCGCGUCCUUCAUGGACUAUGAGCUUGUAUCCGAUUUCUUCCUGACAUUUCGCUCUUAUAUCUCGACUAGCACCCUUCUCGCACUGCUCCUCGCUCGAUUGCGGUGGGCAAUUAACCGCCUGCAGGAUGACGGCAGGAUCAUCCGUAUCCGGACGUUUGCGGCAUUGCGGCAUUGGAUUCUCAAUUAUUUUGUGGAUGAUUUUGUGCCCGAGUAUGAUCUCCGCGGUCAUUUCUGUGAGACGAUCAAUAGCAUGUACGAUGAUGUCAAGUCUCGACAGGGCGGUGGCAUGAGUGAUCUCAAGAUCCUCAUAGAUCUCAAACGCUGCUGGUAUGGGAAGUCUUCUCUCUAUUGGGACUUGCCGAGUGACCAUGAUGUGUUUCAAAGCCCUGACGUUGCCAUCCUUCCGGGUGACCGCGAAGCUGACACUUUGGAGAUGGCGGGUGGCGGUGACCUGCUGACCCUGGUGCGUACCAAGAGCGGGCUGGAUGCCAGCCCUGCGGGCACCCAGUAUCGUCCGAAUCAUCACAGCCGAAACAAUUCGUCAAACACAGUGAAGAGUGUGCCAAUCUCAGCCGGAAGUGACCGGAGCUUUCAGGCAAUCUCCUGUUCCUUGCCCCCCAAGUCUCCGAAGCGUCUGUCCUUGUCCUUGGCCAACAAGGCACCCCAUCCCGUACCUCUUAUGCCGCUGAAGCCAACUUCCUCACGGGAAGCUUAUCCGCCUUCUCCUCUUACUUCGCGCCGCUAUCCCUAUCUUGGACAUUCUCACAAGCGUAGCGGCAGCUUCUCUGACUCUGUUCGAGAUGACAGGGCACCCUUCUCUCUGGUCAACCCCGAGCAACAGGGUGUGGCCGCCAGACAGGAGGCGCUUGAUCUCAGUAGUCUAAUACGAGGAGAGCUCUAUCCUCCGGCAGAGUCGUACACCAUCAUGAUGGCGCCUCCAUCUCCCCCUCUUCCAUCGUCAGCUAAGGACCUUGCCUCAGACCGCCGAAGCACCUCUCACGGCAUUCACAAACCGGCCGCUUCAACCUCUGGCGUCAAGACAAUUAUUGGCUCAAUUCGCCGGGCAUUAAACAGUCGACAUGGCGCUUCUGGUAGCCUUUCACGGGCGAUGAAUAGACCGGCAAAUGCAUCUCUUCCGGGGAGGACAUCGGCUCUCCCGACCAAUGUCGCAUUCGGAUCUGAUGCCUAUAGAGGUAGAAAGACGGCGACUGGGGCCAAAAGGCCCACGAGAAUCGAUACCCUCUGUGACGAGGUUUUGAAGCAGUAUCGUGCUGCGAUCUCUGAACAAACCGAUACUACAGGAGGCUCCCAGUCUGCCGAUUCACAGAACCAGGCAGAAAUUCAUUCUUCGGCGCCUGGAAUGCCGAGAGCGACAAGUCAGGUUACUGCGGGUAGUGAAUCCAUCGUCAUCGUAGAUGGAACAGGCCUGGGUCUACCUGUUAUGUCUGGCGCUAUUGGAGAAGCGAAUGCAGGACUCCAACAGCCUCCUGGAUUCUUGGAGGCGGAGCCAUCGCCUGCAACAGUCAGAGCUCCAUCCCCGUACGCUCCACACCAACGAUCGACUUUAGCGACCGAUGAAUAUUCUUUGCCUAUCUUCUACGACGAACCCAAUCCUGGCCCCUCAAGCCGAGCGUCUAAGUUCCUGCGCCCCUCUAGAUUUUCGGAAGCCUCGCGCAGGUCAUACUCCGUUGAGCGGGCUUCGACUUCGUGGAAAAGAACAUCGUCUUCGUUGCGUUUACGGAAGUACGCGUCCUUCCAAAGUGGAGUCUCGAAGCACCGCCUCACCAUGGGAAGUGACUCCAUCCCCCCUCUACCCCCUGGAAGCUUGCAGCAACCCUUGGAUAAACCCUCUGGACCGACACUACGUAGGCGUCCUGGUGGAGACUUGCGUCAAAUGCGAAACGGCGGCGGCUUCCAAUCCAGACCCGAUUCAGGGUCCUUUAUCUCUGAUAUCACAUAUCGUAGUUCUGGUGCUGACACGGCUGUUACUCGGGUUGAUGAGCCGUAUUCGCGACCCCAAACGAGUCUCAUCCCUCCGAACCCUCGGUUUUCGUUAUUGACAACACACUCGUCACAGAACCUGCGGCGUUCCUUUGAGGAUGCUAUUGCACAGUUCGCACAGAUCCCAGAUGACGAUGAUGGGGGUGUCGAGUCAACACUAUUGAAGCUCGAAGGGAAAUGGCAUGGGACGUCUGCUGGGGAUGCCGAGGCUUCUGCUGCUGGGUCAGAUCCAUACCUACAGCACUACAAUCCAGGUGAGGUCACGGGGGAAGAUUGGCUCCGCCAGAGCCGUGGGAGCGCAGGACCCCACAGCUUUGCGAACUCGAAUGCGGUGGCUAGGAGACGCCAAACCUUCCUUGGUGAUGGUCUGACAUACUCGCAAGUUCAGGGACGCAUUGUUCCUCAACGACCAUAUUCUGACUCGAUCGCGGAGUCCGAAGACUCCUACAGCUCUAUACCUCUCCUAGAACGGGGAUUGAGUGAUGAGUCAAUGAAGAAGCCCGUCGCUAGCCGCCCGACGUCUCAUAUGGCCGGGCCUUCCCACUUUCAACCCAGUUUCUCCAGCCGUGAGACAUCGGACGUGGAGUCCUCUCACCCCUCUAUUGACAUUGUAAAGGAGACCGAGAGUAUGAAGCGCAUUCCGCGAGGUUCAACACUUCCGGGCAUUUCCUCUGGGUCGAGAAAGCAUACAGGGCGUCUUUCUGGGUUGUCAUCUGGGCUUUCAAUUGAUAUGAUUGAUUCGCAAGAAGCUGCAGAGCAACGUUUCUCCAUAGAUACGCAAAGCAUGACCGAUUCAUCUCUCGGUAUUCCGCCUCAUCCGCUCGCUCAUCCACCCUCCCCUCCGAUGACGGUCCAAAAUACCCGAUCCGUGGGUUCUUGGACUACACCGUUGAACCCGGUGCUGUUCCAGGCCCAACCAUUGACACCAGAUCCUUCUCCCAGAAACAAAAUGGCACAGCAAGCGAAUACUCGACCCGUCAACACGCAGCAGGUUUCAGGAGAUGUUCUUUCCCAGUCAGAAAGGGGUCGCCGACUCCCGGAACCAUUGAAGACAGUGGGCCCUGAGCAUGUGCCAUUUGUUCUAUCGUGCGAAUCGCAUGUCCUUGCCCAGCAACUGACGUUGGUGGAGAUGGCUGCCUUGAGUGAAGUUGACUGGAGGGAUCUGGUGGACAUGCGAUGGAGCAGUGGGUCACCCACCGUGUUGAGUUGGGUGCAAUUCCUCAUGGAAGACGAGCACAGGGGCAUUGACCUUGUUGUGGGACGAUUCAACUUGAUGGUUAGAUGGGUGCUCUCAGAAAUCGUUCUCACGCAAGAUAUUCAUGAACGAGCGCGAACGAUUGCCAAAUUCAUCCACACGGCAGCACAUGCCAGAAGAAUGUGCAACUAUGCCACAAUGCUCCAGAUUGCCAUUGCUCUCUCGUCGACCGACUGCUCUCGCCUUCAGGCUACCUGGGACCUGGUACCCGUUUCCGACAAGCGUCUGCUCAAGGAUAUGGAAUCGCUAACGCAGCCCAUUCGCAAUUUCCAUGAGCUUCGUCUCGAGAUGGAAAUGGCCAAUGCGCAAGAUGGUUGCAUUCCAUUUGUUGGCCUGUAUGUCCACGACUUGACGUAUAAUGCGCAGAAGCCAGCACGAGUCACAACACAGGAUGGAGAGUCCCUGAUCAACUUUGAGCGCUACCGCACCACCGCGAAGAUUGUUAAGAGCCUCCUCCGACUGAUUGAUGCCAGCACGAGGUAUCGAUUCGAGCCUGUGCCGGGUAUCAUUGAACGUUGUCUUUGGAUCGCAUCACUUUCGGAGGAGCAAGUCCAACUGCGCAGUAAGCAGUUGGAGUAA